ACAUUACCUGUAAUUGCAUGACGUCAUUUUUUUCCAAACAAACCGCGUGGCGCGCGCUGUCACGGCAGACUGGUACUGAAAAAAAUGGCGACUUGUGAUUUUUUAUAAAACUUUAUUUUUGUGAACUUUUGUUGUAUUUCCCGUUAAAAAUAUGAACGAAAUGUGGAGCAAAAGAGUUCUCAAGUUAAAUUCAUUACCAUAGGUGUGCAAAUUGUGGAAAUCGGUUCAGGAAAAAGUUUCAUUAUUUAUAUUGAUUUACAAGAGGCAACAGGCCACAAUAAAUUAUUAUAUUUAUAUAUAUAUAUAUAUAUAGUCAAAGUUAUUAAAGUACCCGUUGCUGUACCGUAUUUCAGCCGUAUUUGUUCUUUGAUAUUGUGGUUAAUUUUUUAUCAUGAGUGAAACUGAAAUGGCAAGCAAGAGGCAAGCCGGCAAUCCACCCGAUUCUGUUACAGGUUUCAAAACCAUCGAAACAAUUGGCAAACUGGUCGUUUUAGUAAUCCAACGUUUUUGGCGACUUUGCAGCGCCGCUAUGCUAACGUUGCUAUUACUGUACUGGCUAUACGGUGGGAUAACCACGUUUCUUUUACUAACCGCAGCUGUCCUUGGCGUGCUAUAUUUCUACCAAGAUGCAUUGCUGUACUUUCCAGAUCAACCCGAGUCCUCCCGUGUCUUUGUGCAAACACCCCAUAAAUUUGGUGUACCAUUUGAGAAUUUUUAUCUCAAGACACGAGAUGGUAUACGGAUUAAUGUGAUGCUAAUUAAGCAACCGGCGCCUCGUUUGGCGGUCGCACCGACGUUGUUGUUCUUUCAUGGAAAUGCCGGCAACAUUGGCCAUCGGUUAAUCAAUAGUCAUGCCUUGUACAAGAACUGCGGUUGUAAUGUGUUCCUCGUCGAAUAUCGAGGUUAUGGUCGGAGUGAUGGGUCACCCUGUGAACGUGGUAAGUACUGAAAAAACCCUUAAAUUUUAAACCCUGAAUUUUGCAUCAAACAUGUUGCACUGAUUUGCCCUUCAUUUGUUGAUUUAUUUAUCUUAGGUCUAAUUCUUGAUGCUCAAGCUGCAAUGGAUUAUCUAAUGGGCCGCAAAGACAUUGACAGUACCAAAAUUAUAAUAUAUGGUCGAUCUCUUGGCGGCGCUGUUGCUAUUGACUUGCUUUCCUUGCAAUAUUUUGCUGACAAGGCUUUUGCAAUGGUUGUGGAAAACACGUUCACAAGUAUACCUCACAUGGCCGACCAACUUAUAGGCGGACUCAACCGACUCCCAAUAUUUUGUUUUCGAAAUCAAGUAUGUUGUUCCUUGUACUAUAAAACCAUGUUAUUUAAAAUAUGCAUUCAAACACUCAUUAAUAAUUCAUAAGCUUAUUGGCAAAUCAUGUUAACCAUAAUAUGUCAUGUGCAGUGGCUUUAAACCUGAUAAAAUACUCCUAAUUAGUAUUCUUUGUAUAAAGAAUACUAAUAAGGCAGUAUCUAUUGUAGUCGUGUCCUCAUUAGUAUUUUUUGUAUAAAGAAUACUAUUAUAAGGCAGUAAAUCUAUUGAAUUUGUAGUUGUGUUUGAAGCCGUUCUAUAAACUCACAGGUCGUGUUUUAUUGGGUCUAAAGCCACUUGCGCUGCACGCUUGUGGCUUUAAACCUAAUAAAACACUCCUGCUCAUUUAUUAAACAGUACUUAACCCACCCUACUUUAUCAUAUGAUUUUGUCCUGUCUAACCUAUGGUCUAACGCCAGAUUAUUUUACACUGCCUAAUGGGAGGCGAUUUAUUUUUAUUUGUCGAAGGGAGUGCUAGUACUUUGUGGGUUGAAAAGAACUCAGAAUUUUAAGUUAUCCGCUAAAAAACUUGCUAUUAAGGCCUGGCAUCUUUUGCACCGUAGGAAGGGAAGGGGUUUUGUAAAAGCUAGUACGUCAUAUUGGCAUAUUUUUGGCAGAAAUGUAUAAUUUUAUUUAACCCUUCCCAUGUGUGUAGAGAAUUAACUUACGAUUGUUAUUUCUAUGUAUUGUAGUUUGAUUCGUUAAACAAGAUUCGGAGGAUAACAACGCCAUCUUUAUUUUUGUCUGGUUCUAAUGACCAGCUUGUACCACCUACCAUGAUGUAUAAAUUAUACGAGGUAUAAAAGAAACUGUAUUUAAUUACAAGUAACAUGUAAUCAUUGUAAUGUGGGAAUUGACCUAUAGAUCCACAGGCAUUGGUCUCCCAGGGCAGUAGCCCAUAGGAGGUGGUGUAAAAUUUUGGGGCACUAUGUUCAGAUUAUAUAUUCCUAGCUAGAAUCACUUAGUUUCCUACGCAGUCUGUUCGCAGGUCCGAGGUUUUACCUCGGACCCGUGAACAGGCUGCGUAGGAGACUAAGAAUCACUGUGAUGAACACUAGUUUACCCCUGAACAAAUAAAAUUGUCUGGCAUUAAGGUAAAAUGAAGGUAUAGGAUCAUUAGGGUGCAAUGCCACUUGAAAAGUUACCUUGUCUUUCUAGAACUGCUCUGCAGCUGUUAAGAAACUAGAAUCGUUUGAAUGUGGGACUCA